CUCUCCUCCCCUUGACUUUAAACUUACAUUAGGAGUCAGUUUGACUCCACAUUAAGGCAACAAGAAAAUAAGGGGGGAAAGAAAUAAAAAAAACCUCAAGAGAUUCUGACUACAUAAGAACAUGAUAAAAUUACGUGCAUGGGGUUGUAUUUACUUUUGUAUGCUGGUAGUAUUAAGCCCAGUGGAUCUAACAGACAACAAUCGAGCAACAGACAAAGAUACAUUGUGCAGUGCUUGUAUCUGGAGACAGAACAGUAAAUCUACAAGGCUUGAAGCUAUAAAAACCCAGAUCCUUAGCAAACUUCGACUGGAACAGGCACCUAAUAUUAGCAAGGAUGCUAUAAAACACCUUUUACCCAAAGCACCACCUUUACAAGAUUUAAUAGACAAAUAUGAUGUUCAAAAAGAUGAAAGCAGUGCUGGUCAUUUGGAAGAGGAUGAUUAUCAUGUCUCUGCUGAAACUGUUAUUAUAAUGCCUACCGAGUUUGGAAUUUCCAUUGAUAUGAAAGAAAAACCUAUUUGUUGCUUUUUUAAAUUCAGUUCUAAAGUUCAGUUGACAAAAAUAUCGAAAGCACAGCUCUGGAUACAUUUAAAACCUGUUCAAAAACCUACGACAGUUGUUGUGCAGAUCUCGAGACUCAUUAAGCCUUUGAAAGAUGGUACAAGAUACACUGGAAUCCGCUCACUAAAACUUGAAAUGAAUCCAGGUUCUGGAACUUGGCAGAGCAUAGAUGUGAAAACUGUACUGCAAAAUUGGCUGAGGCAACCCGAAUCCAAUCUAGGCAUUGAAAUAAGAGCAUUUGAUGGAAAUGGGCAGGAUCUUGCAGUAACCAGUAAUGAAGAUGGUCUGAGUCCAUUUAUGGAGGUCAAGAUUGUAGACACACCAAAACGAUUUAGAAGAGACUCAGGGCUUGACUGUGAUGAGCAUUCAACUGAAACUAUGUGCUGCCGAUACCCAUUAACAGUUGAUUUUGAGGCAUUUGGCUGGGACUGGGUGGUUGCUCCAAAGAGAUAUAAUGCUAACUACUGCUCAGGAGAAUGUGGAAUUGAAUAUCUGCAGAAAUACCCACAUGGCCAUGUUGUUAAUCAAGCUAACCCCAAAGGUCCUACAGGUCCAUGUUGUUCCCCAACCAAAAUGUCCUCCCUAAAUAUGUUAUAUUUUAAUGAUGAUGCAGAAGUUAUCCAGGGAAAGAUUCCAGCCAUGGUAAUAGAUCGCUGUGGGUGCAUAUAAGCAUUCCUUUUGUCCAUCUUGCCAUGAGAUGAAAAUUAUAAUUCAGGCACUUAUACACCUCUUUUGAAAUAAUAAGGAACAGCAUGUAGUAGUUGCUGUAGAACUGAAAGAAUUAUUUUUGUAGCUGUGAGAAGAAACCAUAAUACCAGAUAAAGUACAAUGUUAUUUGGUUAAAAAGGUAAAUCAAAAACUUUAUUGUUUCUUAUGUGUCUAACAUAAGAAAAAUUUAUAAAAUAAGUGUUAUCACUCAAACAACUUAACUAAAAAAAUUGUAGUGUAACUUAUUUUUUCCAAUUUGACAUUAAUUUUCAACAAAAAUUCCCAAAAGUAUCAGUCUGUGUGUUUACAAUAAACUUGAAUACAUAAUACAGAGCAAAAAUUCCAUGCAAGCAAUAUGCACACACUUUAGGUGAAUAUUGGCAUGGAUACAUUUUUAUACUUUUGUGAUCAUUACAAAUGUUACUUCUGCAGGUAUGGGACCUGUUAUCCAGAAUGCUUGAGACCUGGGGUUUUCCGGAUAAGGUUUUUUUUCCUAAUUUGGAUCACCAUACUUACAUACACCAGAAAUAAUAACUUUUCUUACAUUUAUCAUAACAUUGUCUUUGCAUGACCUUUAGAAUUUUGCCAUAGAAAUAUUUUCCAGAUGCUUUUACAUUACCUGUCUGACCCCCCCAUGCUCCUCUAGGAGGGGGCUUCCAUAUUUGUGCUGCAGCAGUCGAUUAGCAUUAGACGCUAUAACUGAGAGGCUGAGAAGGGACAGUCA